CUGCGGACGAGCCGGCGGAAGCUCAGACUCCGGCUGAAGCACAAGGACCCUGCACUCAGAGAGGGUUUGUGCAACGAGCUGGGCGCCAGGCAGAGGGAGUCUCUAGGUCUGACCUUGGACGUGCUCCCGACUGCGACCGAGCGCCGCGAGCACUUGGAGGCUCUCUGGGAACCCUACAGGCGGAAGGUCACAGGCGAGGCGCCGAAGCUGGUCACCGACAGCUCCGGGCAGACUCGCGGAGUUGAUCCUGAGCCUGGCCGCCAGCGGGCGUUGUGCGCCAGUAAGCGCGAGUGGUUCGACAACAGCCACAGUCGCGCCCUCGAGUUGCUGCUGUUGGACGGCGACGAGCUUUUCGAGAAGGCCAAGCCGCUCCUGGACAGGCGACAGGAACUCCAGGCGCGACAGGGCGCCGGAGAGGCCGACGACCGCGAACAGCGGGAGCUCAGCCGCUUGCUCGAGGAGCUGGAGGUGAUCUGCUGCGCGCUUGCUGAACUAGAGGACAGCAAGGCUUGGCGCGAGCAGCGUCUCCAGGACACCGACGGGGCGCCACCGGGCCACUCGCAGCGCGGCGCUGCGAGCUCAGCGGCUGCUCCAAGCCGCCCCAGGCCGUCCGUCGCGCCCCAGCGGCAGCGCGAGGCCGCGACCGUCGGCAGCGCCGGAGCGCGCAGCGCGGCGCCGCUCUCGCUCGAGGAGCAGGCCAUCGUGCAGGCGGCAGGACGCGGCACCAUGGCGACUGUAGAAGAUCAGAUACGGGAACAGCUGCGUCAGCAAGACCAGCAGAUCCGUGAGCUCGUUGCCACUGUUCAACAGCUGAGGGCGGCGCCGGCGCCGCAGCCAGCGCAGCCAGCGCAGCCUCUCGUGCAGCUUCAGCCUGCUGUAGACACGCGCCUCAUCGGCAAACCAGAGCUGUUCUACGGGGAGCGUGCAAAAUGGAGCGACUGGGCUUUUAUCUUUCGAGCUUACUUAGCAGCGAUAGAUACAAAGUACCCGGCGUUGUUGGACGAAGCGGAGGCUUCGGAGGUGGUGAUCAGGAGCGUAGACCUUGACCAGCCGUGGAAGGGACUGGAGGCAUGGAGACAGUCGGUCCUUGACUGGGACCCCAAGAUCCGCACGAGGCGGGUCGGGUUGCUGAUCAAGAUACUCACCGCGAAGUUCAGCGGGGACAUCCCGCAGAGCUUCGAUCAGUUUGAACAUCUGAUCCGCGAGUACGAGCAGCAGUCGAAAAAGGUCUUCGACGAAGAUCUUAAGAUUGGCCUGGUGGUGGUCAACAUGCAGGACACCGACGUCCAACAACACCUUGUGAAGAACGCAAGCAGGUUGGAAACUUGGAAGGCCAUGAAGGAGGAGCUGCUCGACAUGACGCGAACCACGCAGUACCUGAACUCCCAGCCCAAACCUAUGGAGCUAGGAAAGGACGCCAAGGGAGCCCCGAAGGCCAAGGCAAAGGCGGAAGCCAACAAGGAGAAGGAGUGCUUCUACUGCCACAAGAAGGGGCACAUCGCCGCGGAGUGCAGGAAGAAGGCGAGGGACAACCAGGCUAGGCUGGCAGCGGCCCCUGAGGCCGCGCAGCAGGGCGGUGCAGGACCCCCGCCUACGGCGCAACCAGUGGCCGGUCUCAUGCAGAUCGGGCAGGAGGAGGUGCAGCAUGGGUACUUGAUGCCAUUAUGCUCACCGAGCGACUCCGGCGAAAUGCUGGCCCCCAUGCCUCAGAGAGUCAUGGUCGACACAGGUGCUGGCAGGUCCGUGUGUCCGGCUGGUUUUGACCCCCGGGCAGAGCCGGACAGCUCUGUCAAACCAACCACGCUGACGACGGCGACGGGGGAAGAAGUGAACCUUUCGGACGGGAAGAGGUCUCACUUCCAGGCAAACGACGGCAGUGGCGUUGUCUUGCGGUACAGUGACAGCGACAAGGUCACGGUUCCUGUCGUCUCGGCGUCAGAGUCGACCGAGCAAGGCAACUGGCUGGUAUUUGGCCCUGGGGUACAGCGUAUCAUUGGGCCAGACCACGCCGAGCACCUCAAGGAAGCCGUGCGCCAAUCGAGCGGAUUGGACAUGGUAAAGGAUAGGGGGGUGUACUGGCUGGAAGUGUGGGGGGCGACAGGGCAGGAAGAGGCGAGGCCGCUCUGCACAGCGAAGGCAGCAAGGAAAACGUUCACCCCGGCUGAACAACAACCAGCGGCACCUGAUGCCAUGCAACCAGCAGCGCAAGGGGAGGCCCCGAGGCCGAACGUGCAACAAGGAGGGUCGUCCUCGAGCGCGUCCUGCGCUAUGCGCCCAGACCCCGCGCUGCCUGACCAACGGCCGCCUACGCUGAUGCCAGACUCGGAGGAGCCGCGGGCGCCGCGAGCAAAAGCCAUACCACCAACUGUGAGCAAGGCGGAGUGGGACGCGCACCAGCUAACCCAUCUGCCGUUCAGGUCGUGGUGUGAAAGCUGCGUCACAGGCAAGGCCGCCGAAGACCCCCUCCGGCAGCUCCAGCAGGCUCCCGACGGAGCAACGCCGAAAGUGUGCAUGGAUUACCUUUUCCUCACGCAGAAGGCGGUGGAGAAGGAGAUGUACGCUGUGUUGAACGUGCUGGACGCGAAGUCCGGCGCCCCGUUUUCAGGCAUGGUCAACCAAAAGGGUGACGACGACUAUGCAUUGGCAAUUGCCCACGAAGGAGUGCGCUUCGCAGGCAGGACAAACUUGAUUGCAUGUUGUGAUGGCGAGAGCGCUAUCAACAAGCUGUGCGACAAGUUUCUGGAAACCCGGCCUUCCGGACAUACUGUCACGAAGGUGAACACACCGAAGGGUAGUCAGAGCGCAGGGCUGAUUGAGCGCAGCAAUUACGAGGUUGAGAAGGAGUACAGGGCCGUGAAGCACAGGCUGGAGUCCGUCUACAAGCAGGCGUUCCCACUCAGAGUCAAGGAGGUCAAGCCCCGUGAGGUGUACAUCACCCUCGACCGGAUCAUCCGCCUCGGCAAAACACCCGGUUGCCCUGGCUGUCGUGCGCCAGGAGAGGCGAGGCACACAGCUGAGUGCCGCGAGAGGUUCGGCAAGCUCGUAGGCGGUGCGCACGCAAGCCAGCAACAGCAAGAGCAACAGCACCAGCAAGCCGUGGAGGGGCAACACCAGGCUGCACCGCCAGACGUGCAGAUGGGGGAAGCACGCGUAGGUCAGGAGGACGCCCGCGACGUCGAAAUGGAGGGGGAGCCACAGGAGGACUCCCGGUCGAAGAGGUCCCGGCUAGUCGCCGGCCUGCCGACCCUCCACGAGCCAGCUGUAGUGGCAGCUGCUUUUGGGACGUGCGUGUGUUUUCUGGCAGCGGCACCUGAUGCCGACAGCAGCGACCCACAAGUAUGCCCUGUACAGAUGGAGUGGGACAAAGAUUUCUUCUCCACGAAAGCAGGCAUUAAACUGGACCCCCAGAAAGUGCUAGAGGGUAAGAUCCGCGAGAUGACCCAAAUAGAAGCCUACAAGGUGAAGGAGGACAUCCCAUGGUCCACAGCCAGAGAAAGAAAACUGAAAGUUGUCAACUCGAAGUGGCUGCUUGAACCCAAACCGACAGCUGAAGACCCGGAGGCGGUACGGGCCAGGCUGGUGGCAACAGAGGUCAACACGUAUGUGCGCGAGGACGUGACACAAAGCACACCUCCAGUGAAAGUCUUUCGGAUCAUUGUGUCGUUGGCCGCGUCCAAGCAGAGGGCAGACGGGUCAUGGUCUAGGCUCGUGGCUGGGUACGAUGUCUCGGUUGCUUUCUUCCACGCAGACAGCGAUGGCACGACGGCAGUCAUCCCACCACCAGACGUCCGCAGAGAAGGAUACGUGUGGUUGUUGCUGAAAGCCAUGUAUGGCACGAGAGAAGCUUCGAAACGCUUUGGUCAGUACGUGAUCCACGCUUUAACUUCGGAAGGUUUCGAACUUGUUGUUGUUGUUUCCAUGACAUUCUUUCACAGAGCACUGGAUGUGUCCAUGGGUUGUCACGGCGACGAUUUUCUUGCAGAAGGCGAGAGCGAUUCGUUAGACCAGGUAGACAACAUCAUGCGCAAACACUUCGAAGUGAAGAUCUUGCCUCGAAUCGGCCCCCCGGAGUUCGGCGGACAGGCGGCGACCGGAAGCCACCUGAAGAGGACGAUCCGCUGGACCACGUCCGGUUUUGAGUGGGAGUGCAACCCGCAGCACAUCCUUGAUCUCGUCGAGCUCCAGGGCCUCACACCGGGAGUGUCCAAGGGUGUGAGCACGCCAGCGUCCAAAGACACUGGGAAGGGCGACAGAGACGUCUACGAUCCCCUUGGGAGGGACGACGCGGUGCUCUUCAGGACAGGAGCGGGGACGCUACAGUACCUCGCAGAGGACACGCCCACGGUCAAGUUUGCAGCCUCAGGGAUCAUGGAGGGGAUGACGGCGCCUCUCAAGAUUCACCAGAUGAGGCUGGCACGCUGCAGCCGGUACCUGUUGGACCACCCAGGAGAGGUGUGGCUCUUCGACUACCAGAAAAUGCCUGUAUCUCUUACGGAGUACUGCGACUCAGACUGGGCAGCAGACCGAGAGACGAGGAAGAGCGUGAGUUGUGUGGUCGAGAGCUUCGGGAAAAAUUUGAUUCAUGUAAGCGUAUCGAAACAGUCUCUCCUGGCCCUCUCGAGCGGGGAGGCAGAGUUCUAUGCCAUCAUCAAAGGAGCAGCACAGGGCGCGCAGACAAGCCAGGUGAUUGAAUCUUUCGUUGGCCGCGAGUGCAAGCUAGAUGUGCUGAGCGACUCGUCAGCAGCGCGGGGAAUCUGCAACCGGCAAGGGAGUGGUAAGGUGAGGCACCUGUCCGCGAAAGACCUCUGA